GCGACCCAGAGACGUGUUGACGCAGAGUCGGGCGCCAGAGGGCGCUGGGUAGGGUCAGGCUGGGCGGAACCCGCCCCACGCUACACACCGGAAGUGGAGGGCUCUGGGUCGUAUCAGGCAGAACCCUUCCCCCAGCUUACAGACCGGAAGUUCUGGAGGCCAGCGGCGCAAUGCUUUGAGCACCUGUGGCCUGGCCAUCAACUCACCAUGUUCCUGGCGCGCCUGACUUCACAGCUGGUCAGGGCUGUUCCCUGGGCAGGUUUCAGUCGUUCCUGGCCUGGCUCCGGGGUGAUCGGCAGCCAUGGUUUUCGACCCCUUUACAAUUUGCAGCCUGCAAGCCUAAGUCGGGCCGCCUCCCUCCCUGGUAAGAGGGCCCAGUUGGAGGUUGAGGAGUUCCUGGUCCCCAGGAAGAUGUCCAUCAGUCCACUAGAGAGCUGGCUGACUGCUCGAUAUCUAUUGCCCAAACUGGAUGUUGGGGUCCCAAUGACUGUGGUUCCCUCCCAAUUCUACGAGUGUCCACCCAGCCAGGAGGAGGAAGCCAAGCAGGGAGUCAGGGAUGUCAGGGAUGCCACUGCAAUGCAGUGCAAGAAUGUACUGAAGAUCCGAAGACGGAAGAUGAACCACCACAAGUACCGCAAACUGAUUAAGAGGACACGGUUUCAGCGGCGUAAAGUCCGGGAAGGACGUCUGAAAAGGAAGCAGAUCAAGUUUGAGAACGAUCUGAAGCGCAUCUGGCUGAAGGCAGGCCUGAAGGAAGCUCCUGAGAGCUGGCAGACCCCAAAGAUCUACAUGAAGAACAAAUGAGUCUGGUUGGAGUCCCAUCCCUGUUGGCCCUCCCUCUUGCUGCUAAUGCAUUGUAAUAAAAGUUGGAAGGACUCAGUUA